UACUCUGCCACCACCAACCACGCAAACCUCCUCUCCCCCGCAAAAGAAACACUACCCCAUACCCUUCUAAAAUAAGAUAAAAAUAAAGAAUAAAAAGAAACCCGCAAGAAACCCACCUACCUCUUCAACACCCUCAACUGACUCUCUCGAUACGCAUACGGAUCGAACGUAAGCUCGCGAUACAAUAGCGGCGUACUAACCCUACAGCAAUCGAUGGAGACCCUAGCCACGCGCGCCAGGUCCGCAACCUCCAAGUAUACCAGUAUCUGCUCAAGGAUCUCGUUUGGUACGCCAUUAAUGGUCAGUUUCGUCCCUUGGCAUUCGUUAUCGUCGGGGUGGAUGCGGUCGGCUUCGGCUUCGGAGUCUCGAGGGGUGGUUUGUCCCGCGUUCAUGGAUGCGUUGGUUGGGUUAUUGGGGUUCCCAUUCGGUGGGCUUGGGGGGUGCGGUUGUUUGUGGACGGACAAGGCUGGGUGGAGUGAGGAAGGAAGGGGAAGGUUUGUGAAGCGAAAGGGUAACUUAACUUAACCCUUUGCUGUUAUGGAUGAAGAAACGGAAGAAGUACGGCACAGGUGGUAGGCAGGUAGGUGGGAGAAACAGUAGAGUAAGGAAGAAGGAAAGGUGGAAGUUGGGGGGUGUAGGGGGAUGGAAGUGAAAGAGAGAAAAGGGUCCUCUCUCUAUACUGCCUUGUAGUUAUCGUAAUCAUCAACUUCCCCAUCCCCCUCCCCACCCCUUUAUCUGAUCGUUUAAGUUAUCAUAACAUGGUAAUUAUUGACAUGCGUCUCUCUGGGUGUGUUUUCUCUCUCUUUUCUUUUUCUUCUCUCUGGUAGCAAUGUCGAUAGGGUCAUGAUCGUCUGAUACGUCUCAACUCCCGUUACACCUCUUUCCCCUCCCGCCCUUGCUUUUCCUCCAUCCUUCAAAAAUUAUAGGGAGUAACUUAGUCUACGGGCACCGCCCAAUGAACGAGAGCCCCUAGAGUAAAGUGGGAAUCAGGAUGAAACAUGGAAAAGCGUUACUUUCAUCACAAAAGGAUUAAAAGCUAAAAUCGACGAGCAAUCGCCGCGCGCGGGUGAUGUGGCAAACCCCUCGGGAUCAACACAAAAUACUCGAGUACCGUACCCUCCCACGGACAGUAGAAAAAACAAAAAUAAAAUAAUUUGGAGUAAAAUGGAAAACGCACCAUGGGACUUCCCGCCGCAUUCCAUUCCAUUCCAUAUAUUAUCCCUUUCCCAUUUUCCGUUUCCGGCGAAUCACAUUUUGCAGAUAACAGAUAAAUAGAUAGGUGCCGGUACGGGUACAAUACAGUAACGGCAGAUAUGAUAUCAACAAGGUAAGGGGAUGCUGGCAGGCAGGCUACUCGAGUGCUGGUAUUGCCGCUGCCGUGCUGUACUGUACCGAGUGCAGUAAAAAAGAGUUUU